CACUAAGGAAGACUCGAUCCAAGCAGAGGGAACACAUGUGAGUUUGAUUGACAGAUGAGUCAACUUCAUUGUUGAAUACAUAGACAGGUGGUAGAUUGUUCUAUUGAUUGUGCCAAUUGUGCGACGUGUACGUGCCUUUACUGGCUAUACUUUUAGUAUAAUGCCGAAACUUUUCAUCCAGAUUCUUUUGUUGUCAUGCCUGGUUUUAUUAACAGUGCAAGCUGGGAAACGUAGUUCCAAAGAAUCGAAAAAAGAAAAGCACAAAGCAUCGAGCUUAAAAAAUAAAUCAGAAUACUGCUACGAUGACAUCGAUCACCCUUAUGUGUUUUUCGCGACCAAAACUUCCUACAGAUGGAACAGAAACAAAAAUGAUGAUGAAAUCACCCCACCUGGUUGUGUGGCUCAGCAGUUUUGGCUUCUGUCAAGGCAUGGUUCACGUAAUCCCAGCACUGAGGAAAUGCUGACAUUGAAAUCCAUUCUUCCACUGAUCCAAAAUGAGAUUAUUUCAAACCACAAAGCUGGAAAAGGAUCUUUGUGUAAAGAUGACAUUGAAAAUCUUGAAAAAUGGAUAUUUCGGGCUAAUGUCAAUGAUGAUGAGUUCCUUGUUAAAGAAGGUUUUAAAGAAUUGGAAGACAUUGCAGAUAGAUAUCAAGAUCGAUUUCCAAAGCUUCUAACAAAACCAUUCAUCAAUUCCUCAUACAUUUUCAAGCAUACAGAGACAGAGCGCACGAAUGCUAGUGCAAGGGCAUUUGCCAAAGGAUUAUUUGGAAAAAAAGACAUUCCUAAUGUGUUCUUCCAGGAGUUGAAUUCACCAGAUAGCCUAUUGAAAUUCGAUGAAAUAUGUGAUAAAUGGAGAAAUGAAGUUCAUAAAAAGAAGAAAGCCUUAAUUGAAAAAACGCUUUUUGAAGAAUCGGGUGAAAUGUUAUCUGUCAUCCAAUCCGUUACCAAUCGGUUGGGUUUCUUAUCUCCACUCAACCUCAAUGAUAUUAAUGAAAUGUACACUAUGUGCACGUUUGAUAAAGCUUGGCGUCCAAAGAAGCUUUCGCCGUGGUGCGCAGUUUUCAGCAAAGAAGACCUUAAGAUACUUGAAUAUCGCGAGGAUCUGAAAUAUUACUAUGAAGACGGAUAUGGGUUUCCCAUAAAUUACGAACAGGCUUGUAUGCCGUUGAAGAACGUCUACGAUAGUUUUAGGCAUGUUGUGGAAAAUCCAGCUUCUUCAAAUCCAAAGGGAAUCUUUUACUUUACUCAUACUGCAACUCUUCUUAAAGUGAUGGCCCGAUUUGGAUUAUUUAAAGAUCCCAUCGAAAUGAAACAUACAAAUCGCCAUCUUAUGAAGAAUCGGGAAUGGCGCACGUCAUUGAUUAAUUCUUUUGCCGCCCACCUAGCGCUGGUCCUUUUCAACUGCUCGGAUGGCCACUAUAUCACUGCUUACGUACAAGAACGUCCUAUCAUGCUGCCUGGAUGCUCAAGUGAGCUAUGCAAGUAUUCAGAUUUCACGAAAAAAUACGAAAAAUUUGCCACUUCUUGUAAUGUUGAUGACAUCUGCCGUAUCUAAUCAUUUUAUUCCAAUAUGUUGUACCCUAGCCAAUAUUCAAUAAGUGCAUUUAAUAGGGGCCAAAAACUUUGCAUAUGUAAUGUGACACCUGGUUUCGAUGCUUUCAAUCAGAUAUAAACGUGGUUCUCGGGUAUUGGGUAUCUCCGUUUUAAUAUGAUGCGAUAUUUCACGUAUUAAAAAUGCUUGGCACGAUA